CAGAAUAACGAUUCACACUACGUUUGAUGUCUUUGGAGCUCACUUUAAGAACUCCAGAACACUUUUCCACUCUCUGGGAGAGAAUUAUCAAGUUGCCCGCAGGCUAAACCCAAGUGAUUUUUAAAAAUGGCAACCAGGAAGGAGGAAAGUGUGGAAGGAAUGUUUCUACUCAGUUGUGCUUGUAGUAUGGUGCGUGAUGGUUACAACCUUAAAGUUCUCCCGGUCCCCGCUUUCCUAGGAAUAGAUAAAAAAAUAAUUACUGCCACCCCAGCGUAUCUGCGCCCGUUUCCUACUGCCUGAAAAUAGCAGCUGGGAGCCUGGCCCCCCGCCGGGAUCAAGGCGCGCUCCCCUCGCCGCGCCCCGCUCCCUGGCGGAAGGGGAAGGGAACCCGGGAGGGCGCCACCGAGCCAGAGCUGCUGCUAUUUUGGGCCCAGCCGCGCGGGUGCGUCAAUGCCUGCGCCCCUGCGUCACCGCCACCCCCACCCCUUUCCUUCUCCCCUACUCUCCAAACUCUCACUUUUUCCCUUUCGUUCGCGUGAAAUCGCUCCUGCCCACGGAGCGCUGACGCUACCGAACUCAUGCUAAUAAGCUAUUCUUUGCCCUCCCUCAUCCCCCUACUCACACACCCUCACCCGCCACCCCCACUCUGUCUCCCUCUCCCUCUCUCUCUCUCCCUCUCUCUCUCUCUCACACACACACACAACACACACACACACUUCCUGGUUUUAUUUUUUCUCGCGCCCGCUAGGGCACCACUGAGCCGCGGCGGCGGCGGCGGCGCAACAGCAGCAGUCGCAACAUCUGGGGGAAACUUAAGGUGGUCACGUAGGUUUUCCCCCGGCUGCGGCGCGGAGGUGCCAGCGGUUUCUCGGGGCAGCCGCCAGGCACCUGACGGUUACGCCUCUCCAGCCGCUGGGGUGCUGGCGGGGGCGGGGAGCCGGCAAAGGCGGGGGUGGAGAUUAGAGCUGAGCGGUGGGGAUCGCGGAGAGUUCCACGCGUUGGGCCCGUACUGGGAACAUGAGGAUGGGCGGCGGUGGGGGUAGGGGGUGGCUCCCGCAAUCAGGAAGCGAGCCACGCCGGGGGAAGGCUGGUCCUCGUCGCAGGCAGAGAAGGGGGUCGCUUCCAAACCGUUUCCCCGUUCCAUCCUCUUGCAGCCCCUCGGGAAAAGCCCCAGAACCCCGCCCAGCCUACCACCCCAGCGUAUCUGCACCGAGGAGCCGGGAAGGGGACUCGCUCCAAGGAGUAGGGGCGUUUCCUUUGCUAGAAAGCGCCUUGCACCCUCAGGGUGGCGGGUGGAUUGACUUGCAAAGCGAGGUCGGCAGCGACUCUGGCUGCCGCGGGGGUGCGGCCAGCUCACACAGUCUGCCCGGGCCCCUUUCUUAAGAGGGCUGGACGCACACACUUUACGCUUCAAGGAGAUACCCACCGACCUAAGUUUUAUCUUUCCCUCUUGGCUCCCAGAUUGAGGCAGCGAGAGCCGUUGUGCUCCAGAGGGAUGUCAGUGUAUUUCCCUAAAACUCAUGGAAGCUUGUGAGUUGUUGGGCACCGAGAUGUGUCGAAAGUAAUAUUACAGUUGGCAAAAGGGCCAGUCCGCCCGGCGGCUCGCGCACAGCUCCGCGGUCCUGCUCGUCCGCCCAGCCGGCCGCCUUCCCCUGCUCCAUCCCGGCUCCCGGCGGCUCGGCUCCCAGCGGCCCCGCAGCUCACUCCUCCCCGACCCUGCCACCCGGACUCCCAGAGGGAACUACACUUCGGCCGAGUUGAAUGAAUGAAGAAAGACGCGGAGAACUCCUAACCAUGCCUUGUGUUCAGGCGCAGUAUGGGUCCUCGCCUCAAGGAGCCAGCCCCGCUUCUCAGAGCUACAGUUACCACUCUUCGGGAGAAUACAGCUCCGAUUUCUUAACUCCAGAGUUUGUCAAGUUUAGCAUGGACCUCACCAACACUGAAAUCACUGCCACCACUUCUCUCCCCAGCUUCAGUACCUUUAUGGACAACUACAGCACAGGCUACGACGUCAAGCCACCUUGCUUGUACCAAAUGCCCCUGUCCGGACAGCAGUCCUCCAUUAAGGUAGAAGACAUUCAGAUGCACAACUACCAGCCACACAGCCACCUGCCCCCCCAGUCCGAGGAGAUGAUGCCGCACUCCGGGUCGGUUUACUACAAGCCCUCCUCUCCCCCGACGCCCACCACGCCGGGCUUCCAGGUGCAGCACAGCCCCAUGUGGGACGACCCAGGCUCCCUCCACAACUUCCACCAGAACUACGUGGCCACAACUCACAUGAUCGAGCAGAGGAAAACGCCCGUCUCCCGCCUCUCCCUCUUCUCCUUUAAGCAAUCGCCCCCCGGCACUCCCGUGUCUAGCUGCCAGAUGCGCUUUGACGGACCCCUGCACGUCCCCAUGAACCCGGAGCCGGCGGGCAGCCACCACGUAGUGGACGGGCAGACCUUCGCUGUGCCCAACCCCAUACGAAAGCCCGCGUCCAUGGGCUUCCCAGGCCUGCAGAUCGGCCACGCGUCACAGCUGCUCGACACGCAGGUGCCCUCGCCGCCGUCACGGGGCUCCCCCUCCAACGAGGGGCUGUGUGCGGUGUGCGGCGACAACGCGGCAUGCCAGCACUAUGGCGUGCGCACUUGUGAGGGCUGCAAAGGUUUCUUUAAGCGCACGGUGCAAAAAAACGCGAAAUACGUAUGUUUAGCAAAUAAAAACUGCCCAGUGGACAAGCGGCGCCGGAAUCGCUGUCAGUACUGCCGGUUUCAGAAGUGCCUGGCUGUUGGGAUGGUCAAAGAAGUGGUUCGCACCGACAGUUUAAAAGGACGGAGAGGUCGUUUACCCUCGAAACCGAAGAGCCCCCAGGAGCCCUCUCCCCCUUCGCCCCCGGUGAGUCUGAUCAGUGCCCUCGUCAGGGCCCAUGUCGACUCCAACCCGGCUAUGACCAGCCUGGACUAUUCCAGGUUCCAGGCGAACCCUGACUAUCAGAUGAGUGGAGAUGACACCCAGCAUAUCCAGCAAUUCUAUGAUCUCCUGACGGGCUCCAUGGAGAUCAUCAGGGGCUGGGCUGAGAAGAUCCCGGGCUUUGCUGACCUGCCCAAAGCUGACCAGGACCUGCUUUUUGAAUCGGCUUUCUUAGAACUGUUUGUGCUGCGAUUAGCAUACAGGUCCAACCCAGUGGAGGGUAAACUCAUCUUUUGCAAUGGGGUGGUCUUGCACAGGUUGCAAUGCGUUCGUGGCUUUGGGGAAUGGAUUGAUUCCAUUGUUGAAUUCUCCUCCAACUUGCAGAAUAUGAACAUCGACAUUUCUGCCUUCUCCUGCAUUGCUGCCCUGGCUAUGGUCACAGAGAGACAUGGGCUCAAGGAACCCAAGAGAGUAGAAGAACUGCAAAACAAGAUUGUAAAUUGUCUCAAAGACCACGUGACUUUCAAUAAUGGGGGGUUGAACCGCCCCAACUAUUUGUCCAAACUGUUGGGGAAGCUCCCAGAACUCCGUACCCUUUGCACACAGGGGCUACAGCGCAUUUUCUACCUGAAACUGGAAGACUUGGUACCACCACCAGCAAUAAUUGACAAACUUUUCCUGGACACUUUACCUUUCUAAGACCUUCUCCCAUGCACGUCAAAGGAACUGGAAAGAAACUUUAACGUGUCAGAGGGGCAAGUCACAAAGGGCAGAGAUUUCCCCCUGAGCUGCUGCAGCUCUAGCUGGCUCCCACCCCCUCCAUAAAACCCCUAACCCCUUGAUCCCUAAACAAACAAAUAAGCAAACAAACAAAAAAAACAACAAAAACUGUUGCUAUUUCCUAACCUGCAGGCAGAACCAGAAAGGGCAUUUUGGCUCCGGGGCAUCCUGGAUUUAGAACACGGACUGCACCCAAUACACUGGUAUAAACUUUUUAUUAUUAGUUUAAAACUCAGUUUAUUGUUCAGGAAAAAAUUCCUAAUGUUUGAUGGGAAAUGUUUGACCAUGUUUGGUUGUUGCAGUUGAGACAAAUGUAACACACACACACAUACACACACACACCAUAAGGGGACCCACAUGUAUUGCCCUUAAAGACUUCAAAGUUUUCUGCUGUAAAGAAAGCUGUAAUAUAUGGUAAAACUAAAUGUUCCGUGGGUGGCAUGAGUUGAAGAAGGCAAAGGCUUGUAAAUUUACCCAAUGCAGUUUGGCUUUUUAAAUUAUUUUGUGCCUAUUUAUGAAUAAAUAUAAAAAUUCUAAAAGAUAAGUGUGUUUGCAAAAAAUAAA